CCUAAAUGUAAGUCAUGUCACGCACCCAAGCAGCCACCAUAAAUAUAGGCUUGCUGGUAUGCCUUUCUUUAUCAAAAUGACAAUCACUACUUUUGACGUCACAGUUGUUCCAAAAAGAUUUCGUGACCUUCGAGUUUUGUUGAUAGAAUCUGAAAAAAGUUCACUCGAUCAGCAUGCAUACAUGCUUUCACAUAAUUCUUAUCAGGUUACAACCACAUCUGAAGUGGCUACAGGAUUAUUAAAGAUACUGAAUGGAGAAUUGUAUGAUUGUGUCUUGAUAGAUGCUGACAUAAGUGAAAUGGAUAUGGUGGAUUUUCUCCAUCAAACUUUUAAGCAUCAACCUCAUUUAUCUAUAAUUAUGAUGGCUUCCCAUAAUACUCACAUGCGACUCCUUAAGGAAAUUGUAGAAAAUGAGGCGGUUUUAUAUCUCCCAAAACCAUGUGGUCAUAAGGAGAUUUGCAAUAUUUGGAAACAUGUUUGUAGAAAGAUAAUAUCAUUUGAAGGAUAUAACUACUCAAUUGAAGAAUCACCUGAAGGAAACCAAGAGCCCAACAUCUUCAAGAGGGUUGAUCAGAUAAUUAAGCAAUCAACAAAUCUCAACCCCAAAUUUAUCAAUAACAACUUAUCAUCAAAAGGUUUCACUCAAGAAGGACUAAACAUUAACUCACUGGAGUAUAAUGACAUGUUUAAGCGGACAAAUGACCAACUUGUUGAAGAUGAAAAAUAUUAUAAAAAGACAUUUGAUACCAAGAAGCGGAUUUCAUGGACGAGUGUUCAUCACAAAAAGUUUGCUGAGGCAACCAAUACACUUGGGAAACAAAAAGCUGAUCCUUCUGCAAUUCUAGAGGUGAUGAAUGUUUCGGGACUCACACGUAGUCAGAUCGCGAGCCACCUAAAGAAAUACCAAGAAAAUCAAAAGAGUAUCAAGAAGCCAACCUUGAUACCACAAAAGAAAAAGAAAGUAGAGAGAUAUGCUUACAACAUAUGUGGGCAAUCGACCCCAACUAAUGAUUAUGAAUCCAUCCCUCAAUCCAGUAACAUCCAGCCACCAUUGACGCUUAAUUCUAUAGGAAUGUCUUACAUGACCAUAAACAACAUCAAGGCUCGACUGCAAAGAGCACCUCCGUUACCUAUACCACAACCCAAAACCACCAUUAAUAACUCUUAUAGUGAUCAAUCAACAGAUCAUAGUUUUUGUCGUACUUCUUUGGGUGAAACAAGCAAGAACAUUACUUUUGGAUUAGUUGAAAGCUGUAACGGUUUUAUUGGUCAAAGAAAUGAAGUUCAAAUGACAAGAGAUACUUAUGAAAGUACAACAGGGCUACUAAAGGAUGGUGAAACUAUAGCAAUGACCACGAUGGAUUUUGGUGAAGUUGUGGCUCCGGUAGUUGCAACUAGUUCACUGACACCGCUAAAUUAUUCAGGAACUUCAAUAGAAAAAUCGGUCUCUAGAAUGGCACCUUCAUAUUAUGGUUUAGGAACUGGGAUGCAACCAUUAGAGGGUUUUGCACUUGGUGGAGAAAACUAUGAUCUUAAGAUGCACAAGAUGUCAAAUGUGUUUGGGAUGAUCAAUUCCAUUGGUGGUCACACUUUAGCUUCAUCAAAUCAUAAUUAUCUUAUUCACUCUCAAGAUUUGCAAGGAAAUAAUGAGAAUUUAUCUCCAAAAUUUCUACGUACACCAACUGAUCAUGACGAUGUGGGUGAAGAAAAUAUCAGGCAAGCACAAACAUUGCCACCUUUCAACUCUCUUGGAUUGGUGGAUGGGAUUAAACGUACAACCAUGGAAAGUGAUAUGUUUGCAGAUGAAACCCAGUUUUAUCUUGAUAUGACCGUGAAUCUUCUUGAUGAACUUGAUGAUGAUUUAAUAAAUGGACCAUGGUAGUUUUCAUCAUCUAUCACCUCUUCUUUAGCCUAGUCAUAUGUUCAUCACUUCACAUGUCAAUGUGAUGGAACAUAUCAUUUUAAUAACCUUCUAAUAAUUUUAUGUAAAAUUAAUAUGUCCUUUUGAAGUACUGCGACAAAGAUAGGAUUAUUGUCAGUUGUAUGUUCUUAUAAUUAUGUAGAAGACUUAUGUUGAUGUGGGGUUAUGUGUUUGAUCGAAAAUUAUGUU